GCCCUAAUUUUCCCACUUUCUUUUGACAAAACAAAAACAACUCUGUGUCUCAUUGCAGCGAAAGCUCAACCAACAAGACAAUGAUUAUCACAGAGACCAAUCGCAGAGAGAUCUGCAAAUACCUUUUCAAAGAAGGAGUUUUGUUCGCGAAGAAAGAUUUCAAUCUUUCAACGCAUCCGUUGAUUGAGUCAGUACCAAACCUGCAAGUGAUCAAGCUCAUGCAAAGCUUCAAAUCCAAGGAGUACGUUAGGGAGACGUUUGCUUGGAUGCACUACUAUUGGUUUCUGACUAACGAAGGGAUUGAGUUCUUGAGAACUUAUCUCAACCUUCCAUCUGAUGUUGUUCCCGCUACUUUGAAGAAGUCUGCUAAGCCUGGUGGUCGUCCCUUUGGUGGCCCAUCUGGUGAUCGCCCGAGAGGACCACCUCGCUUUGAUGGAGACCGUCCCAGAUAUGGUGACCGUGAUGGUUACCGUGGUGUGCCACGUGGUGGUGAUGCUGGAGGGGAGAAGGGUGGAGCUCCUGCUGAUUACCAGCCGUCUUUCCAAGGAAGUGGUGGUAGGCCUGGUUUUGGUCGUGGUGCAGGUGGUUACAGCGCAGCAGCACCUUCUGGUUCUGGUUUACCCUGAAAGAAUUGUUAUCUUUAGACAUUGGAAAGACAGUUUUGUUUUUAUUUUGGCUUUAGUUUGUUUGUGCUAAUGCAAAUCCGGAUUUAUAAUAUAUGUCUCUGACUUUGGUCUUAAGAAAAGUAAUCAUAUAGUUUACAGGAUUAGUGUUGAAAUGCAUGCACGUUUAUUAUU